AUGAAGAAGAACAACCGCCCCGAGUCCGAUGCCUCCAUGGAGGUCGAUGAGGCUCCAGAAGCUACCGCAGAAGCUAUGCAGGAAGCCACCGUCAACACGGAGCUCCUGGUCCCCGAGCCGCUCCUCCACCCCAGCAACCUGUGGCUGGAGGGGCUGGCGCUCCCCUCCCCGGAGGACCGCCACGAGAACCUCCCCACGGUGAUCGCGAUGGUGGUGGACCCGGUGUACUGCCGCCUGGGGGUGUUCAACCAGGCGAAGACGAUGUCGGGCGGCGAUUCCAGGUCGCUGCCGAGCCACUUUGUGGUGCUGGCGCCCUUCUCCGCGGGCUGGGGCAAGGCGCCGCUGGAGGACAAGCCGCUCAAGAACGCCGAGUUCCUGAGUGAGAUCCAUGUCGAUGCGGACGGGAGGCGCGGCCUGAUGAUCUACUCCUUCGACAAGCACGAGAGCAACCAGCAGUACAAGGGCGCCGUGAGGAAGGACGUCGCUACCCUGGUCCAGGCGGGCUGCACCCUGCGGCUCUCGACGACGACAAAGACCUUCGAGUUCGAGAAGCAGAACAAGAAGACCGGGCAGAGGGCGCUGUUCCCGGAUGUGGACACCAUCCACCCCUUCACGCUCGUCAAGCUCUUCCUGAAGCCGAACAAUGCCACGAAAGGUCGACACUCCGGGGGACGUGAGCUCCCGGUCGACCCAUCGGUGUCCAUGGACUGGCAGCCCUACCACGCGUCCUACCCCGUCCCCAAGUGCUGCCGCGUCCACAUCGACCUCGGACCCAAGCUCAACCCGGAGGGCUACGCCGUGGACCUCGACAUGCAGGCCGUCCCCAACUACCUCUGCAUGCAGCUCAACUCUCUCUCCCGCGCCCCUCCGUCCCCGGGAUGGGGAACGCCGCCCAGGAGGCCAAGACUGCCGCAAGAGGGCCGCGCCCAGCGUGGAGGACGCCGACUCGUUCUGAGUUUCUAA